AUGGCUUCACCAACUCAUUACUUUUCUCGCGUCGGUCAAUGCGAGUUUUUGGAGAUUGACGAUGAUCUGGAUAUGUCGAGUCUUCAGACACGACUUAUUGAGUCUCCAACAAGAGAAAUCUUGUUAUCCGAUCGGCGUUCCUGGACUCCCUCAUCUUCCCGGGCAGACAUCGAUGCGAAUACCUUUCUCUCUGACUUGGGACGGCUGGUUUCAUCGGUUGCGAAAGACUUCAUUCCCAAGAGCCAUGUCCGAGGCUCUUUCCCUUUUCGGCUGAUCAACGAUGUCGACUUUCGUGGCCAGGAGGAUGGAUACAUCGCCAUAAGCUAUUGCAACAGAGCCAAUCGAGACACACCAAGAAGAGUCGUGACCCCUUUGGGAGACCUACCUUUUGGGUGGAUGAAAGAGGUGGAACAAUUUCCGCUGCCCACAAGAGGCUCCAUAUUCCAGGCUGUUUUACAAGAGCGGAGGAUUGGAGAAGGGCUUUGGUUCGACCAGGUGUGCAUUGAAGCAAACGAAGCCGAACGGGCCACGACAGCCGGAGCCAUCGACACUGUCUACGCCAACGCGAGAGUUGUUGUUAUAGCGCUGGACGAUGUUGUUGCGACUGCAGAGGAGACUCAGUGUUUGAGAUACUACGUGGAACAAUACAACUGCUCAAAUCUGCCAUUCGAUCAACAACCGCACAUGGGAAUGAACCCUCCAUUCAUGCACCAGUUUGUUCCGCUACGGUCUUUCUUCGAGCGGAUCCUCAGCUCGACAUGGUUCGAGCGAGCCUGGUGUGCACACGAGAUGAGGAUGGGACAAGAACAUAUCUUUCUUCUCCCAUGCUAUCAAUAUUACGAAGACGAGGCUGAAACGGUCAUACGAUUUACCGGAGCGUUCUUCCUGCACAUGUUGGUUCUAUCAAGCGAACUCAACACCUUCAUGCCCGCGACGCAAACGAAGAUAAAGUCGCUAUCGGAUUUCUUCCAUCGGCGAGUCACAAGAAAUGGAGAGCAUACGUUUGCUGUACAGAGGCCCGACACCCCCCAGAGUUCGACACCUCAGCCCGCGUCGUUUGUUCCCAUGAUCGCAGAGGUGUUCGGCAUGAAAACUGGGGGAGACCCAAGACUACCAGAGUACCUACGGAGACUAGACGCAAACCGCGAUAAGACAUGCAUAGCCCUCAAUGCUUCUGGAUUGCCUUUAGCUCUUGCCCCUGCGAACAUAUUCCAGAGACCAAACUUGGAGGAUGAAUGUCUCCGAUCACUUCUUCUCGUUGCUCUGGCGGCACGAGAUCCAGUCGCACUCUGCACCACCGGCAAGUCACUGCAGCUUCAUGAUGGAUCUGUUUCCUGGCUGUGUCGACCAUCGACUUUGGACGUUAACCCAAAUCGACCUCUGCCAUCGCGAUUCUCCCGUAACACAGGCCAGAUCACACAAGCUUCAGAUGGUCGCGCCGAGUACGCACAACUGGAUCUCAUCUUCCUCGACAUUCCGCAUCGCGCACAGCCAAAUCCGCACUUUCCAUCACACGUCGCUCGAGCUCGCGUAUUUAUCGAUCUCUGCGUACAGUACCAAGUUCAAAGCUCCGCCAUGUGGAACUUCUGGCAAGCACCGAACCAUCCGCGCGCACUCGCCAUGCAGAACAUCUACAUACAAGCGCUUGCUUGCGUGUUUGAAUGCGGACCGCAAUGGCUGCUCGAAGUGUCCUCCACACUUCAACAACCACACACCCCACGAUUCGAGCCACACACCACUGAGAUACUGCUGAACCCACAACUCAUCAUCCAAAACUACAUCCUCCUCACCGAAGGCCAAGCCGCACUUCGUCUCCUCCUGAACUUCGUAUCAACCCUGAUCGCAUCCGGCAUACCCUGGGCCUCGGGCGCAUCAGAACGCACCCACGGUCCGCUCAUCAUAUCUGCGCCUUCAUACUCUGAGACCUUCGAUUCAUCGUUUGCACAGAUGUACGCCGGCAAAGCGCUCGUAUUCGCGCCCUUUGCACACUCGAAGACGCUCCUCAUCGCCGUGCCCGAUGCAGUCAAGGGCGCGGAGUACGAUGGUCUCGCGAGGGGUUGGAUAUUGACGAGCAUGAAUCCGUUUACGGGGAGUCCGAAACCAACUGUGAGUUGGACUUUGCAGAGUAAGGGUGCUGUUUUUGGGGAUGGAAACUUUAAUGUCGCGUUGGCGAGGGCGGGGGAGCAGGAUGUGAGGAAUCAUCGUGUCUACGGGCCGUGA